AUGAAGUUCAAUCUCGGAGUCGGGUUCCUCCUCUUUGUCACUGGCACCUUUGCGGAUAUGGUGCCCGGAGACUACACGUGCUGGAACGGCAAAUGUGCUGGCAAAUGCGACCCGAUAGAUGGCGGGAGGGAUGGAACUGUCACCGACACCAUCAUCCAUCAUGGUGAUAACUGGUGUUACCUUCAAGCGGGCCGCGAUGAAAACAUGUUGAACGAGCCUAGGAAGUGCUCGCCUGCUUUGGGGUGUGCUCCCCCUCAGGAAGGCCAUGUUUUAUGUGUGACCAAGGAUUACGACGAAGGUCUUGGUGGAUGCACAAGCGAGAACUCCUAA